AUGUCUGCUGCUCUGCCUGCCACCACAGUAUCCAUACCACCCCAACUGGCAGCCAACAUCGAAUCAUGGGGUGUGACGCACGCGCGGUUUGUAUCUGAUGGAGUGUCUACCUACAUAAAACCCACCCACGGCCAUCGAGGAAUGAACCGACAUCGAACUUUCAAACUAUAUCUCACAUGGUCGAUGGCCGACCCGAUAUCGAUCCGACCAGGCGUACAACAAAUCUUAUGGCAAAGAUCUUCAAGUUCUCCCAACACUCGCAUCGUAGAAUCUCCCCCUGAUCUGAACUAUCCUUCAACGGGACGGGUUUAA